UAAAUAUUGGGUGUUAACCUGUUGCUAACACAUUGUCACAUUUUUAUUUAUUGUGCCAUUUGAUCAAAUUGCUAAAACCAUGCCGAAGAAAAAGAUUUUGCCGGACCUCUCGACGGAAGAGAAAAUGGUGAUAGUUAUAUCUGAAAUAAUACAGGAAUUGCAAAUUGCUCACCGCCAAGGUAAAGAUGUUAACCUUAACAAGAUGAAAACCAGAAUCUCAUCUAAGUAUGGAAUGGACACAUCUCCAAGGCUUGUUGAUAUAAUAGCAGCUGUGCCGCAGGAAGCCAAGAGCUAUUUACUGCCGAAGUUGAAGGCAAAGCCGAUUCGGACAGCAUCAGGGAUUGCUGUUGUCGCUGUAAUGUGCAAGCCUCACCGAUGUCCGCACAUUAAUUUCACGGGCAAUAUUUGUGUUUAUUGCCCAGGUGGGCCGGAUUCCGAUUUUGAGUAUUCAACUCAAAGUUAUACUGGCUAUGAGCCAACCUCUAUGAGAGCAAUCCGAGCCAGGUACAACCCAUACUUGCAGACGCGACAUAGAGUGGAACAGUUGAAGCAACUUGGUCAUAGUGUUGAUAAGGUUGAGUUUAUUGUCAUGGGUGGCACAUUUAUGAGUCUACCUGAAGACUAUAGGGAUUAUUUUAUCAGGAAUCUCCAUGAUGCACUGUCGGGCCAUACUUCAUCUAAUGUGGCAGAGGCCGUAAAGUAUUCUGAGAAAGCUAAAACCAAGUGCAUUGGUAUCACAAUUGAGACAAGACCAGAUUAUUGUCUGCAGAGACACAUGAGUGAUAUGCUCAAUUAUGGCUGCACAAGAUUAGAAAUUGGAGUGCAGUCAGUUUAUGAAGAUAUAGCAAGGGAUACUAACAGAGGUCACACAGUUAAAGCAGUUUGUGAGAAUUUUUGUUUGGCCAAGGAUGCUGGAUUUAAGAUCGUAGCUCACAUGAUGCCAGACUUACCAAAUAUGGACUUAGACAGAGAUAUUGAGCAAUUUAAGGAGUUCUUUGAAAAUCCAGCAUUCAGAGCUGAUGGUCUGAAGAUAUAUCCCACCCUUGUGAUCAGGGGAACCGGACUGUAUGAAUUGUGGAAAACAGGCAGAUAUAAGAGCUAUCCACCAUCAACAUUAAUUGACUUGAUAGCCAAUAUAUUGUCUUUAGUGCCUCCAUGGACAAGAGUCUAUAGAGUGCAGCGUGACAUUCCUAUGCCCCUAGUAUCAUCAGGUGUAGAGCAUGGAAAUCUGAGAGAAUUAGCGCUACAGAGGAUGGCAGACAUGGGGACUGACUGUAGGGAUGUCAGGACUAGGGAAGUUGGCAUACAAGAGAUACAUAACAAAGUUAGACCGUAUCAGGUUGAAUUGAUAAGGCGAGAUUACGUAGCCAAUGAUGGGUGGGAGACUUUCCUCUCCUAUGAGGAUCCAGAUCAGGAUAUUCUCGUUGGCCUCUUGAGGCUCAGGAAGUGUGGCAAAGAUACAUACAGGCCGGAGCUCAAGCCGGAUCCUGACUCUGACUUCAGGCAAUGCAGUAUUGUUAGAGAACUGCAUGUUUAUGGUUCUGUUGUUCCGGUAAAUGCCAGAGACCCAACAAAAUUCCAGCAUCAAGGUUUUGGUAUGCUUCUGAUGGAGGAAGCUGAACGUAUAGCUAUUGAAGAGCAUUUCUCCGACAAGAUGGCUGUCAUAUCCGGAGUGGGCACUCGGAACUAUUAUGCCAAGAUUGGAUACCACCUCGAAGGACCGUACAUGGUCAAAUAUCUGUCUGAUUAAAUGUUUACGGAAUAUACCGUGUGUUGAUAUUUUUGAUGUAUAAAUGUUUAGAAAUGUAAAUUUAUAAAUUAAAUUUGUAAUUAAAAAUUAUCAACGGCGCUGGACUCGAACCCGCGAUCUCCCGCGUUCCGUUCAAAAUGAUGGAAAAUAGCGAAAAGCACUCAAAGGAGCCUGGGGCUCGACAUUGAUAAAAACAAAAACUGCAUCAUUAGAUUUAAAAAAAAAACAUCCUGUAUUAUUUAUUAUACACCAUUCGAUAGUGUCGUUAUUCUAAAUAGUUUCAGAUUUGGCCACUUGAAAUAUAAUUAGUCUUGUAUAGUUUUAAAUCAUCCACAGAUUAUAGGUACUUAAAUCAAGAACAAUAUAUCCAAUAGCAAUUUUGUAAUAAUUAGCGGCAAAAUGGACAGGGAAACCAACAAUAAACAAUAUACAAACAUUGUGCAUGUUACAGCAAAUCCAAUGUCAUAUUUUUAAUUAUUUACGAGUAUAAUAUGCAUUGUAUUCCAAUUUAUGUAUUUGUGUCUAUUUUAAAACUUAUAUAAAAAUAUUUAUCAAUGUAUUUAGUACCUUAAGUACCAAUAUUAUAAAGUCUUAACUAUAUUGAAUAUCAAAAAAUUCCAACAAAAUAAAAUGUACACUCAUAAACCUAAAACCAUAAUUGUAAAACAUUUUUGUUUUAUUUAUUUAAAACAUUGGUGACAAGACCAUCAGCUCAAACCAAAAAACAAUGAAAUUAAAGUAAAUUUAUUGAUGUAGGCUUUACUUGAAAUCCAUAAUUAUCCAAAUGUUUUGACCUUUCUUUAGUGUUAAUUCCGCCAAUAUUGAUUUUAAACAAUUUAACACUUGUUUCGCCUCUACACGAGGCAUCCUCGGAGAUGUUGACUCGCCAAAGUCUGACACGAGAUUUAAGACAAAUAUUAGCGGAAUUAACACUAAAGAAAACUCAAAACAUUUGGAUAAAAGAAAAGUAUUUAAUUCAUUUUUCAAUAUACAAUCUUAACCUUAAAGUACCCUACUUAUAUAUAUCGUAGUGUCAAAUAAAUGUUGUAUCAAACUAAA